AUGUAUUUUUACAGCUGUGGCAGACCUCCUCCAGUCAUGUCCUCCUGGCUGCAGCAGGUUCAGGAGGACGAGGCCAGAGAAGAGGAGAAUGGGCGGAUCGAGCCGGUGGGCCGGGCCGACUCGUGUAUGGACCACACCCCCGUCAGGUCUCUAGAUUUAAUCUGCAGAGACAUAGUCAAACUGGUGGAGGUGUCAAACGACGGUGGCCCCCUGGGGAUCCACGUGGUGCCUUUCAGUGGGAGGGACCGCAGGACUCUGGGCUUGUUGGUCAAGCGUUUGGAGCGUGGAGGCAAAGCGGAGCAGCAGGGCCUGUUCCAGGAGAACGACUGCAUCGUCCGCAUCAACAACGGAGACCUGCGCAACAUCCGCUUUGAACAAGCCCAGAACAUGUUCCGUCAGGCCAUGCGUUCUCCCGUCAUCAUGUUCCACGUGGUUCCGUCGUCCAUGAAGGCCCACUACGAGCAGCUGUCCCACGCCGACAGGAACCCGGCGUACGCCUCGGGUCGCUUCAGCCCGGACUCCCUGAGCGGCAGCACCGUGUCCAGCGCCGUGGACCGCACCCCCCACAGGAUGUCCAGGCACGGCUCCCAAACGCACCCCCACCCGGACCAGAACGACGGGUACCCGCCCCUGACUCACCCGGCGGUGUCGGCGGCCAAGCCUCCCACAGGCCACGCCCUCUCCCCUCAGAAGGGGCUGAACUCCGCCCCAACGGCAGGUUAUACCAAAAAGGUGGGGAGGAGGCUCAACAUUCAGCUGAAGAAAGGUCCUGAAGGUCUGGGCUUCAGUAUCACGUCCAGAGACGUCCCCAUCGGAGGUUCAGCGCCAAUCUACGUCAAGAACAUCCUGCCCCGAGGAGCCGCCAUCCAAGAUGGCCGACUGAAGGCAGGAGACCGCCUCCUGGAGGUGAACAGUGUGGACCUGAAUGGGCGGACUCAAGAAGAGGUGGUGUCUUUGCUGAGGGCCACGCCCAUGGGCGGAGCUGUGGGUCUUCUGGUUCUACGACAGGAGGAGGCGUUCCUUCCACCAGAGAUGAAUGCUGAACCACAGGUGCACCCCCCCACAGACCUGCAUCAGCUUCACCCGUCUGUGCCAAAAGGCCCUGUGAACAGCCUGCUGCAGGCUGUGUGCAGCACACGGCAGGCUCUGGACUUCAGCAUCAGCAUGUUUUUGGUGUUAUCCCUGAGCACAACGUGA